AUUUUUAAUUGAUGGAUUAAAAAGCAGAAUAAAAAUAAGAAGAAUAAGUUCAAAGUAAACCAUAAUAAAAAUAAUAAUAAUAAUAAUAAGGAGAAUAAAAACAAAAAGAAAAACAAUUAUCUGUAAAAAAUCCAAAAGGAACAAGAGAUUUCUUACCUCAAUAAAUGGUGAUAAGAAGAUAAGCUUUUAAGAUAAUUACAGAUGUAUUUGAAUAGCAUGGAGCAGUGGAAAUAGAUACUCCAGUUUUUGAAUUAAAAGAAACAUUAGUAGGUAAAUAUGGUGAAGAGGGAGGGAAAUUGAUAUAUGAUCUUUAAGAUUAAGGAGGUGAGAUUUUAUCAUUAAGAUAUGAUUUAACAGUACCAUUUGCUAGAUAUUUAGCAACUCAUGGAUAUAAAAAACUUAAAAGAUAUCACAUUGGAAAGGUUUAUAGAAGGGAUAAUCCAUCAAUAUAACAAGGAAGAUUUCGUGAAUUCUUUUAAUGUGAUUUUGAUAUUGCUGGAGAGUACUAAUUAUAUUAAUUAUUAUAUUAGAAAUGAUCCAAUGGUUGCUGAUGCAGAAUUAAUUAAAAUAAUUGACCAAAUAUUUAGUAAAUUAGAUCUUGGACCUUUCUAAAUAAAAAUAUCAAAUAGAAAAUUAUUAGAUGCCAUGAUAUCAAUAGCUGGAAUUCCUAAAACAUAGUUUAAAACAGUUUGUUCAAGUAUUGAUAAAUUGGAUAAAUAACCAUGGAAAGAAAUUAGAUAAGAAUUAGUUGAAAAGAAAGGUGUUACUGAAGAAUAAGCAGAUAUAUUAAGCAAAAUGGUUUAAUUAAGAGGAGAGCCUUUCUAAUUAAUUUAAUAACUUAAAGAUUAGAAGUUAUUUGAAUAAUAAGGAAAAGAAGCUUUAGAUGAAAUGGAAUUAUUUUUUAAUUUAUUAAAGUAUAUGAAUGGAUUGAAAAAUGUAAUAUUUGAUCUCUCUUUAGCAAGAGGACUUGAUUAUUACACUGGUUUAAUUUAAGAAACUGUAUUAUUAGGUGGAUAAUUGGGAUCCAUUUCUGGAGGGUAUUAUAAAUUAUUUAAUUUAUUAGUGGACGUUAUGAUGAUUUAGUAGGAAUGUUUUCAAAAAAUAGUAUUCCAUGUGUUGGUGCAUCUAUUGGAAUAGAAAGAAUAUUUGCUAUUUUAGAAGAUAAAUAUAAAAAGAGUGGAGUAGUUUUAAGAGAAAAUUAAUCAGAUUGUGUAGUUGCUACUAUUCCAUCUAAAAAUAUUGAUAUGACUGCUGAAAAGUUUAAGAUUUAUGAUUUAUUAUGGUCAAAUGGAAUCAAAGCUGAUGUUUGUUAUAAAUUAAAUUGGAAUCUAGGAAAACAAUUAACUUAUGCUAAUGAUCAAUAAAUACCUUAUGCUAUUGUUAUUGGAGAAGAUGAAGUCAAAUAAGAAAUUGUCAAAUUUAAGGAUUUAAUUGAAAAAAAGGAAGAGACUAUUAAUUUAAAGGAUCUUGUUUAAGUUCUUAAAUAAAAAGUUGGAAAAUGAAUAUAUAAUAUAUACAGAUAUUUCA